AUGGUUUGCAUUAAGGAUCAUUGUGCCUUACAUGCAGCGAUGGAAGGAAGAAUGUUGUGUGCCCUUUAUAUCCACCGUUCUGCUGAGAAACCACAAACUUGUCCAUUUUGCUGCUUGGAAAUGAAUGUGUACAAACCCCUAGACUUUUUGGAACAUAUGAAGGUUAAACACAUGGAGAAGGCUCGCAUUGUUUAUGAUCGAUAUUUAUUUAAGUUUUUUCCGCAGUCAAAGAUCUUCGCUGAGUCCGUUUUGACCCAAACGGAGACGGCUGGAAACAAAUUGAGCAAAGAUAAUUUUGUCAUUCGAUGUCAGCGAUCUCAAUGCUGUGGAGUAAAUCCU